AUGGGAAGUAUUGCGGCGAUGGCCAAGUCACACGCCUGGAAGUCGCCGGACGGCGUGGUAAAGUGUGCAGGUGUGCAGCGAGUGGUGUGCCGGAAGCAAGGUACGGCCGCCAAGAUUGACAAAGGAAACUUCAACUUUUUGAACCCGCUCGCUUAUCCGACGGCGGCAAGCGCGGCGGCAGCAGCGGCAGCGGCGGCGGCAGCAGCAGCAGCAGCAGCGAACGGUGGUACGGGUAGCGGGGGCGGCAUCAGUAGCACCGGCAGCAGCGGAAGUACCAGUGGUGGUGGUACCGCAGGCUCGAUCGGAACCAGCCUUGCCGGGUUGGGCGGUGCAACAGGUGCGGGAGCGAUCGGUGGCAGUAACGUUGGUGCGUCGGCCAGCGGCGGCACGGCGUCGGCGGCUGCAGCGGCGGCGGCGGCAGCGGCAGCAGCGGCGGCAGCGGCAGUAAGCGGCAACAACCAUCCGCACCAUCCGCACCAUCCACAUCCGCAUCAUCACCACCAUCACCAUCCGCACCAUCCGCACCACCAUCCGCACCAUCAUCCGCACCACCAUCCGCACUUUGGACCGUUGGGCGGCGGUGCGGACGCGGGCGGCUCGAUCGGUGGACCGGGUGUCAGCAUCGGCGGUGCCGGAGGCGGCGUCGGCGGAAUAGGCGGUGGUGCAGGUGCGGUGGUGGUAUACCCGGUCUAA